AUGCUAGAAUCUCUCGACUUGUCUAGAAAUCAGCUUUCUGGUGAGAUUCCUAUAGGCAUCACUCGUUUAAAUUUUCUUGCUGUCUUGGAUUUGUCAAAUAACAACUUGUCUGGGAAAAUUCCAUCAAGCACUCAAUUGCAGAGCUUUGAUGCCUCUGCAUAUUCUGGAAAUGAUGAACUUUGCGAGCUUCCACUUCCAAAUAAGUGCCCAAGAGGUGAAACAACUUUGGAACCUUCUGUCGGUAAAGAUAAUAUCAUUCAAGGAAAUGAGGAUGGGUUCAUAAACCGAGAAUUUUAUGUCAGCAUGGGGCUAGGUUUUGGGGUUGGAUUUGGUGGAGUCUUUGGCACUUUACUGCUCAAUCGUUCAUGGGAACAUGUCCUUUUCAAAUUCUUGAACAACAUAAAAGACUGGAUCUAUGUGACAAUAGCAGUGAAAAUGACCAAAUUAAGGAGGCGGCCUCAAAACUAA